CUCAGCCUGACUUUAGGCAUCAGGAGUUUUCAUUUUGCUGAACUUCUGCACCAGCCUUUGCAAGGAGAGAAAAAGAGGAUCAGAUCCCAGAUCUAGCAGGCUUGAUCUCCGAUCACUUCAGAGCAACGUUUCUGAACUUUGGGGUUCUUGGUGUCCUUUGGCUUCUGGGAGACAGCUGAGACCAGAAGACACUGAGGCAGAUGGGGAGGCCGAUGCAGAAGAUGAUUCUGUCAAUGAUGAAGUGACAACUGAAAAUAUACGACCAAGACCACAAGGAUCUUCUCCAGUUUACGAAUACUGCAUAGAAGACGAAUAUUUUAACAAAAAGCUUCAACAAGAUAGAGAGAACAGACAAAGAAGGGAUUCUUCUAUCAGAAUGAGUGACUCACAGGAAUCUAUGGAAGUGACAUUAAAAACCGAAGUGGAAUCUGGAGCAAGUGGAUUUAGUGUGGCUGGUGGUGGAAGUGAAGGAAUAUUUGUGAAGCAAGUCCUCAAAGAGUCUCCAGCCUCAAAACUCUUCAGUCUAAAAGAAGGUGAUCAGCUUCUGAGUGCCACAAUCUUUUUUGAUAAUAUCAAAUACGAAGAUGCACUCAAGAUUCUACAAUAUUCCGAGCCAUACAAAGUGCAAUUCAAUCUCAAAAGAAAGCUCACUGGAAAAGAAGAGCUGGAAACAAUGCAUUCUGCAACACAAUCCAAAAAGGAAAAACUGAGUCAGGCAGCGGCAGCAGCUGCGAGGAGGCCAAAGCCUGGCCUGCAGCACGGCCUCCUCAGCCUCACCGCUGCCUCCACGGGAAGGCCAGUUGGCGCUGGAGGCCAAAGGGCCUCCAGGCAGCCACCCAACCCUUUUGCAGAGGCGGAGGCCAUGAGGAGGCCGAAGCCUGUCCUCCAGGCCGGUCUCCUCGCAGAUGCAGCCUCCGCAGAAGGGCCGGAUGGCUGCCUAGAGGCCCUUUGGCCUCCAGCGCCAACCGGCCUUCCCGCUGAGGCCGAGGGCCAUGCCUCCUCGCCGCCACUGCCGCCGCCGUUCAAGAUGCCCAGCUGGGCUUCUCCAAACCAGAUGUCAAAGGCCCCAAAGUCGACGUGGACCUUAGCAUGCCGAAAGUGGAUGCAACACUUCCCUCUGCUGAUCUCAGCGUUACCAAACAGAGCUCAAAACAGGCGACCUUCAAUCAGACCUCAGGCUCUCAGCACCCGACGUGAAGCUCCCUUCAGGCCAGGCUUCCUUGAAUUCAAAGCUCCAGACCUACAGCUGGAGCAACCGGCAGCCCAGGUGGCUCUGGACGGGGCCGAGAUAAAGGCAGAAGGGGUGGACGGCAAGUUUAAAAUGCCAAAGUUCCACAUGCCAAAGUUUGGAGUGUCUCUUCCCAAAGGAAAAGCAGCUGCAGAAGCGAAAUCACCUACCCCAGAAGGAAGCGUCGAGGGUGGCGGGAUGAAAAUUCACAUGCCAAAGUUCAAGAUGCCCAGCAUGGGCUUCUCCAAACCAGAUGUCAAAGGCCCCAAAGUCGACGUGGACCUUAGCAUGCCGACGGUAGAUGCAACACUUCCCCCUGCUGAUCUCAGCAUUACCAACCAGAGCUCAAAACAGGCGACGACCUUCAAGAGACGUCACCUCUCAGCACCCGACGUGAACUCCCUUCGUUUGGAUGUCUCUUCCCAAAGGAAAAGCAGCUGCAGAAGCCGAAAUCACUUACCGUCCAUGGAGAUUGAGGUCCCUAAGCCUGAACUCAAGGCUGAAGUCACCCUGCCUUCCGUCGGACUUGAAGGUGACGUUAAGCUGCCAAAGGCCGAGAUGGAAGCACCAAGCCUAGAAUGGAGGUGGGAGGAAGGGGAAAUUCAAAAUGCCAGAUGUCAAGAUGCCCAGUGUCAAAAUGCCCAGGUCAAGACUCCGCAAGUGGGAGUCAGCCUGCCCAAGGUGGAAACCGAUGUCUCCCUUCCAAAGCUAAAGUCGAGUUACCAGAGGGGGAGGUCUCCAUCAAGGUUCCUGAGGCAGAGGAAGCGUCGAGGGUGGCGGGAUGAGAAUCACAUGCCAAAGUUCAAGAUGCCCAGCAUGGGCUUCUCCAAACCAGAUGUCAAAGGCCCCAAAGUCGACGUGGACCUUAGCAUGCCGAAAGUGGAUCAACACUUCCCUCUGCUGAUCUCAGCGUUACCAAACCAGAGCUCAAAACAGGCGACCUUCAAUCAGACCUCAGCUCUCAGCACCCGACGUGAAGCUCCCUUCAGGCCAGGCUUCCUUGGAAUUCAAAGCUCCAGACCUACAGCUGGAGGCACCGUCAGCCCAGCCGAGAUGGAAGUACCAAGCCUAGAAGUGGAGGUGGGAGAGAAGGGGAAAUUCAAAAUGCCAGAUGUCAAGAUGCCCAGUGUCAAAAUGCCCAAGGUCAAGACUCCACAAGUGGGAGUCAGCCUGCCCAAGGUGAAAACCGAUGUCUCGCUUCCCAAAGCCAAAGUCGAGUUACCAGAGGCAGACGUCUAUGUCAAGUUUCCUGAGGCAGAGGAAGCGUCGAGGGUGGCCAGGUUCCUUGGAACCAAAGCUCCAGACCUACAGCUGGAGCACGUCAGCCCAGGUUGCUCUGGACGGGGCGAGAAUAAGGCAGAAGGGGUGGACGGCAAGUUUAAAAUGCCAAAGUUCCACAUGCCAAAGUUUGGAGUGUCUCUUCCCAAAGGAAAAGCAGCUGCAGAAGCCGAAAUCACAUUACCGUCCAUGGAGAUUGAGGUCCCUAAGCCUGAACUCAACGCUGAAGUCACCCUGCCUUCCGUCGGACUUGAAGGUGACGUUAAGCUGCCAAAGGCCGAGAUGGAAAGCACCAAGCCUAGAAGAUGGAGAGCUCAAAACAGGCGACCUUCAAGCAACGUCAGCCUCUCAGCACCCGACGUGAAGCCGCCUUCAGGCCAGGCUUCCUUGGAACUCAAAGCUCCAGACCUACAGCUGGAGGCACCGUCAGCCCAGGUGGCUCUGGACGGGGCCGAGAUAAAGGCAAGGGUGGACGGCAAGUUUAAAAUGCCAAAGUUCCACAUGCCAAAGUUUGGAGUGUCUCUUCCCAAAGGAAAAGCAGCUGCAGAAGCCGAAAUCACCUUACCGUCUAUGGAGAUUGAGGUCCCUAAGCCUGAACUCAAGGCUGAAGUCACCCUGCCUUCCGUGGGACUUGAAGCUAAAGUCGAGUUACCAGAGGCAGACGUCUCCUCAAGGUUCCUGAGGGCAAGAGGAAGCGGCGAGGGUGGCGGGAUGAAAAUUCACAUGCCAAAGUUCAAGAUGCCAGCAUGGGCUUCUCCAAACCAGAUGUCAAAGGCCCCAAAGUCGACGUGGACCUUAGCAUGCCGACGGAAGAUGCAACACUUCACCUCUGCUGAUCUCAGCGUUACCAAACCAGAGCUCAAAACAGGCGACCUUCAAGCAGACGUCAGCCUCUCAGCAACCCGACGUGAAGCUCCCUUCAGGCCAGGCUUCUUUGGAACUCAAAGCUCCAAACCUACAGCGGAGGCACCGUCAGCCCAGGUUGCUCUGGACGGGGCCGAGAUAAAGGCAGAAGGGUUGGAUGGCAAGUUUAAAAUGCCAAAGUUCCACAUGCCAAAGUUUGGAGCGCUCUUCCCAAAGGAAAAAGCAGCUGCAGAAGCCGAAAUCACCUUACCGUCCAUGGAGAUUGAGGUCCCUAAGCCUGAACUCAAGGCUGAAGUCACCCUGCCUUCCGUCGGACUGAAGAGCUCAAAACAGCGACCUUCAAGCAGACGUCAGCCUCUCAGCACCCGACGUGGAAGCUCCCUUCAGGCCAGGCUUUCCUUGGAACUCAAACCUCCAGACCUACAGCUGGAGGCACCGCAGCACCAGGUGGCUCUGGACGGGGACCGAGAAAAGGCAGAAGCGUUGGAUGGUGACGUUAAGCUGCCAAAGGCCGAGAUGGAAGCACCAAGCCUAGAAGUGGGAGGUGGGAGAGAGGGGAAAUUCAAAAUGCCAGAUGUCAAGAUGCCCAGUGUCAAAAUGCCCAAGGUCAAGACUCCACAAGGGGGAGUCAGCCGCCCAAGGUGGAAACCGAUGUCUCCCUUCCCAAAGCUAAAGUCAAGUUACCAGAGGCAGACGUCUCCGUCAAGGUUCCUGAGGCAGAGGGGAAGCGUCGAGGGUGGCGGGAUGAAAAUUCACAUGCCAAAGUUCAAGAUGCCCAGCAUGGGCUUCUCCAAACCAGAUGUCAAAGGCCCCAAAGUCGAGCGGGUGGACCUUCAGCAUGCCGCGGUAGAUGCAACACUUCCCUCUGCUGAUCUCAGCGUUACCAAACCAGAGCUCAAAACAGGCGACCUUCAAGCAGACGUCAGCCUCUCAGCACCCGACGUGAAGCUCCCUUCAGGCCAGGCUUCCUUGGAACUCAAGCUCCAGACCUACAGCUGGAGGCACGUCAGCCCAGGUUGCUCUGGACGGGACCGAGAUAAAGGCAGAAGGCGUACCAAACCAGACUCAAAACAGGGCGACUUCAAGCAGACGUCACCUCUCAGCACCCGACGUGAGCUCCCUUCAGGCCAGGCUUCCUUGGAAUUCAAAGCUCCAGACCUACAGCUGGAGGCACCGUCAGCCCAGGUUGCUCUUGACGGGCGAGAUAAAGGCACAAGGGGGUGCAGCAAGUUUAAAAUGCCAAAGUUCCACAUGCCAAAGUUUGGAGUGUCUCUUCCCAAAGGAAAAGCAGCUGCAGAAGCCGAAAUCACCUUACCGUCCAUGGAGAUUGAGGUCCCUAAGCUGAACUCAAGGCUGAAGUCACCCUGCCUUCUGUCGGACGUGAAGGUGACGUUAAGCUGCCAAGGCCGAGAUGGAAGCACCAAGCCUAGAAGUGGGAGGUGGGGAGAGAGGGAAAUUCAAAAUGCAGAUGUCAAGAUGCCCAGUGUCAAAAUGCCCAAGGUCAAGACUCCGCAAGUGGGAGUCAGCCCUGCCCAAGGUGGAAACCGAUGUCUCCCUCCCAAAGCUAAAGUCGAGUUACCGAGGCAGACGUCUCCGUCAAAGUUCCUGAGCAGAGGGAAGCAUCGAGGGUGGCGGAUGAAAAUUCACAUGCCAAAGUUCAAGAUGCCCAGCAUGGGCUCCUCCAAACCAGAUGUCGAAGGCCCCAAAGUCGACGUGGACCUUAGCAUGCCAACGGUAGAUGCAACACUUCCCUCUGCUGAUCUCAGCGUUACCAAACCAGAGCUCAAAACAGGCGACCUCAGCGACGUCAGCCUCUCAGCACCCGACAUGAAGCUCCCUUCCGGACAGGCUUCCUUGGAACUCAAAGCUCCGAGCCUACAGCUGGAGGGCACCGUCUGCCCAGGUUGCUCUGGACGGGACGAGAUAAAGGCAGACAGGGAAAAGCAGCUGCAGAAGCCGGAAAUCACUUUACCGUCCAUGGAGAUUGAGGUCCCUAAGCCUGAACUCAAGGCUGAAGUCACCCUCCUCUCGUGGGACUUGAAGGUGACGUUAAGAAGCUGCCAAAAGGCCGAGAUGGAAGCACCAAGCCUAGAAGUGGAGGCAGAGGGAAGCGUCGAGGGUGGCGGGAUGAAAAUUCACAUGCCAAAGUUCAAGAUGCCCAGCGUGGGCUUCUCCAAACCAGAUGUCAAAGGCCCCAAAGUCGACGUGGACCUUAGCAUGCCGACGGUAGAUGCAACACUUCCCUCUGCUGAUCUCCAGCUGUUACCAAACCAGAAGCUCAAAACAGGCGACAUUCAAGCAGACGUCAGCCUCUCAGCACCCGACGUUGAAGCUCCCUUCAGGCCAGGCCUUCCUUGGAACUCAAAGCUCCAGAAAUCAGCUGGAGGCAAACCGUCAGCCCAGGUUGGCUCUGGAAGGGGCCGAGAUAAAGGCAGAAGGGGUGGACGAGCUCACAAAACAGGCGGACAUUCAAGCAGACGUCAGCCGUCUCAGCAACCCGACGUGAAGCUCCCUUCAGGCCAGGCUUCCUUGGAACUCAAAGCUCCAGACCUACAGCUGGAGGCACCGUCAGCCCAGGUUGUCCUGGACGGGGCCGAGAUAAAGGCAGAAGGGGUGGGACGAGGUGACAUUUUCGCUGCCAAAGGCCGAGAUGGAAGCACCAAGCUAGAAGUGGAGGUGGGAGAGAAUGGGAAAUUCAAAAUGCCAGAUGUCAAGAUGCCCAGUGUCAAAAUGCCCAAGGUCAAGACUCCGCAAGUGGGAGUCAGCCUGCCCAAGGUGGAAACCGAUGUCUCCCUUCCCAAGAGCCCCAAAGUCGACGUGGACCUUAGCAUGCCGACCGUAGAUGCAACACUUCCCUUUGCUGAUCUCAGCGUUACCAAACCAGAGCUCAAAACAGGCGACCUUCAAGCAGACGUCAGCCUCUCAGCACCUGACGUGAAGCUCCCUUCAGGCCAGGCUUCCUUGGAACUCAAAGCUCCAGACCUACAGCUGGAGGCACCGUCAGCCCAGGUUGCUCUGGACGGGGCUGAGAUAAAGGUGGAAGGUGUGGAUGGCAAAUUUAAAAAGCCAAAGUUCCACAUGCCAAAGUUUGGAGUGUCUCUUCCCAAAGGAAAAUCAGCUGCAGAAACCGAAAUCACCUUACCAUCCAUGGAGAUUGAGGUCCCUAAGCCUGAACUCAAGGCUGAAGUCACCCUGCCUUCCGUCGAAGUUGAAGGUGACCUUAAGCUUCAACCAGCUGAGAUUGAUCAUGAUUCUGGUGUAAACCUCCCAGAGUAUUCAUCAUCUUCAGCAAAACAUUCUAAGAAGAAAAGUAGCAAAUUUAAAAUGCCCAAAUUUAACAUUUCUUCUUUUGGCAAAUCCUCUUCAUAUAAGACUGACACUUUGACUGAUGAAACCCUUCAGAAACCUGAGUUGUCAACUUCCCCUCAUGUGCUAGAUGGAAAUGUUGUUUUAUCAGGAACUGGGGUUACCAGCCCAUCUUUGGAAUUUGAAUUUCAGGCUUCAGAUUUUCAAGAAGUUCCCAAGUCCCAAGACAGUAUUCCUGAAACCAGCAUGAAUAUUCCUGAAUCUCAAGGUCAUGUAGGGGGGGUAAAUAUCAGCUUGCCUAGAUUUCAUCUGCCUAAUUUGGGGUUUUCUAAAGUGGAAAUAACUCCUUCUAAGAUUGAUGAGGGUGAAAACGUAGCAGAUGAUGAUGUUACUCUUACCAAAUAUCAUAUGAUAUGUAACGAAUCUGAUGUAGAAUUUGGUGAUGAUCUCGUAAUGCAAGUUUCUUCAGUGAAAAUUCCCCAGAUGUCAAGAGAUGAUAUUCGGACAUCAGAGAUAGAUGGCCAUCCAUCUCUAAUAGAAUCAGAGGUUAACAUUGAGAGUUCAGGUUUAGAUGGCAAAGAUACAAAAAGUGAAACUAUUGAAAAGGACACUGUGGAAAAAGAAAGUAAAUUUAAGAUGCCAAAGUUCAAGUUACCAUCAUUUAGCUGGUCUCCGAAAAAGGAAACGACUGUUUCUGCUGACAUGGGUACAAACUUAGAAGAGUCCAGUACGGAUGCAACACAUGACACAGAACCUGAGUUAACACUCACUGUGGAAGAAACUGAAAUACAAACUGUACAACUGGAGGCUCAUAUGUCUGUUGAUAAAGGCAGUGAGAAAAGCAAAAUUAGAAGGCCUCAGUUUAGCAUGCCAAAAAUAUCCCUUCCAAAAAUGAAGGGUCACAAAGUUGAAGCAACUUUCCCAGAUCUGGAGACUGACCUGACAAUAUCUAUAUCUGAGGAAGAAGGAGAGAUUUCACUACAAAUACCAGAAAAAGAAAUCACUGGCAGUGAUGUUCAAAAAGGCAUUAAAAUGCCAAAAGUGAAACUCGCAAGUCUGGAACUUUCAAAACCAGAAAUUAAAGCUCCUAAAAUGGAUAGGGAAGGCAGCCUAACUAAAAAUGAUGCCCAGCUUCCUACACUUGAUAUUGGUCUUUCAGAACAAGAACUAAAAGCAGAUUAUGUUAGUGAUGACGUAAAUAAAUUAACAGCAGAAAUUAAAGUCCCUGUGGUUGAAGGUCCAGAAGUAAAAGUGGAAAGAUCAUCCACUGAAAUAUCUGUAGAUGGAGCAGAGAUAAAGAGUGAUGGUGUUGAUGGGAAGAUUAAACGGUCAAAAUUCCAAAUGCCAAAGUUUGGAAUUUCAUUUUCUAAAGGGAAAAUUCCAGAAGCUAGUAUCAGUCUACCAUCUGAGGAUACUGAUGUUCCCCAGCUGAAAACGACAACAGAUAUUGCUGACAUUGCAGUGGAAGCUCCAACAUGUGAAGCUGAGUAUGAUACCAAAGGUGUAGAAAAAACUGAUUUGGAAGGGAAUAUAAAAAUUUCCCAAAUUCCUACAUCUGACUUGAAGACAGCAGUGGAUGUCAAAAUACCAUCAGGUGGUUUUUCUGUGGCACAACCAGAGACUGGGACUUUAUAUUCAGAUGCUACUGAAACAAAACUUGAGAAGGAGAUGAAGACUGGAAGCUUAGAUGCACAAGAGAAAGAAGGGAAUUUCAAAAUGCCAAAAUUCAGGUUGCCAUCCUUUAACUGGUCCCCUAAAAAAGAAGCAGCUAUUAAAACUAACAUAAAAGACUCUCAAGAAGAACCUAAAUUGACUAUAGAUACAGAGGCAGAACUAAAAGCAGUUCUGUCUCACGAUCAAGAAAUCCACAUGGACCAAGAUGCUGACUCAUCUACCAAAAAGAGUCAGGUAAAAAGGCCUCAUUUUACUAUGCCUAAAAUCUCCCUCCCUCGGGCAAAACUACCAAAAUCACAGGAUAAAGUAGAAACAGAUAUUGCUGAGGAACGAGAUGGUGCUUCGGUACAAAUACCUGACAUAGAAAGCAGUUUUACCACAAGGAAAGAGGAAGAAACUGAAAUAAGCAUAAAGAUGCCAAAAGGCAUAUCAAAAUCAGAAAUCAAAACUUCCCAAAUAGAUGCAGCUAUUACCCUACCUCAAACUGAUAUUGAAGUAUCCACAAUGGAUAGUUCAUCUGAAGUGAAGAGUUCAGAAAUAGGCUUAGAAGGUGAAAUAGUUGUGGAUAGAGCAAGUGUGAUAACUGAAGGCAAGGAGGGGAAGAUUAGCCUGCCAAAACUCCAAAUGCCAAAGUUUGGAAUUGCAGAAUGUCCAGAGAGUGCCAUCACCUCAACGGAAAUGGAAAGUGAAGUACCUCAACAGCAUGCGAGAAAAGAAACAGGCGGAUGGAGUGGAGAGGUUUCAACCUUGGAAGUUAAAGCCGAUGCCAGUGAUGCAAAGGUUUCAGCUGGGACAAUUAAAAUCCCACAGACACCCAGAGAUGAGACCAAAGCAUCUGACACAUCUGUUGCCAGUCCUGAUGAAAAGGAUGCAAAAUCCCAAGAAGAACCUGAAGCAAAAUCUGGAGAAGUUCAGACUGAGGAGUCUCAGAGUUGGUUUAAAAUGCCAAAAUUCAGGAUGCCUUCAUUUGGCCGAUCAUCUUCAAAGGGGAAAAAAGGUGAUGCUGAAGCUGAAGGCAGCACAGGAAAAGCUGCAAUUGCUGAAGUAGGAAUUGAAAUAGCAGCUCCAGAAGUUGUAAUCCAGUCUCACCAUGUGGAUGUUGAAUCAUCUGUUGGAAAAGACAUUUUAGAAGGCAAAGUAAUUUUUCCUCAGGAAGAAGACAGUGGGAUUGCAGUACAGAAAGAGAAGAGAUCUGACAUUGGUCUAUCAGGUGAAGACAGCUUUUUGCAACUCUCUGGAAAAGCAGAGCAUAAAAUAACUGCUGUGGGGACAAAAUCAUAUGCUGAUAUAGUUAAACAUAGUGCUGAAGUAGAGAGUUUACAAACUCAUGAAUCUACUGCUACUGUAGCUGUAUCACAAACCAGUGUACCAAAAGUGGAUAUUGAUAUAACUCUCCCUAAAUGUGAUAUAGAUAUGCAGCAUAAAACCAAACCAAUGGCAGAGGCAUCAUCCAUGAAAAUUACUGUAGGUGGAACAGAGGGGGAAAUGGAUACUGCUAGUGCAGAGAGAGAGGUGGUUGUGCAAAGCCCAGAUAUAGUAGCAAAAACUGAGAAGACAGAGAGACAAAUUAAAUCACCCAAAACAAGUAUUCAAGGAAAAGAAAGCACAUUCAAGAUGCCAAGGUUUGGUGUGCCUUCAUUUGGCUGGUCUACUACAAAGAGCACUGGGAGUGUUGCUGAUGUUACUGUAGACCAAAAGGAGACUGAUGUUGCCCCUUCAGAAGUUAAAAUGGAUACUUCAUUCAUUGAAGAGGACUUUGAAAUAAUAGAUUUCCCAACUGAAGACUUUGAAAAAGAUACUGUCACAGAAGACAAACUGAAAGUAGAAGGUAGAGAUGGGCUGAGUAAAACAAAAACAUCUAAAUUCAAGAUGCCAAAAUUUGGCCAUCUACGUUCCAAACCAAAAGUUUCAGAAGUUCUUGUUGAUCAAACAAAGAUGGAGACUGAGGUUUCACCAGCAAAAACUGAAGAUGCGAUAUCAGGAAUUCCGGAAAGUUCUGCUGACGUGAAAAUUCCACAGGCAGAUUUUACAGAAGAAUCAGUGGUCACUAGAGAUAAACAAUUUGAAGAUUCAGAACUAUGUUUCCAUAUUCAAAGACUCCAAAUGCCCAAGUUCAUACACAGAACAUCUACUGUGGAAGAGCAAAUUUCAUCUUCAGAAGAGACAGCGGUUAAGAAAUCUGCUGAUAAUGAUUUUAAGGGUGCCCUUCAACCAGAACUCCGACCCACAUUCCUUGAAGAGAACGUAGAAAGUGAAGAUAAUAUCCAGAAAUCAAAAGUCAGGAUUACGACAUUGUCUGAACCUACCAUUCAAAGAACACAUAUGGAAAGUAAACUCCCUUCUUCUUCUUCUGCAGAAGCAACAACACACAUCCAGAGGCCAACACAAUUCAGUGGUGGAUUUCCUACAGAGAUAAUACAGACCACAGAUGGUAAAAUCCAAAAGUCAGUUGCAAAAAUUACAACACUAAUGGAGCCAGACAUUCAGAGAACACAACUUGAAAUUAAACUUCCACCUGAAGAUUCAUUUAUCUCAAGUGCACCAUUGCACAUUCAAGGACAAUAUACAGAUGGCAAGGAAAUAAAAAAAGUAAGUAAAUCUGAAUUUAGCUGUGGUGAUGAGGAGUCCUUCUCCACUCAAAUAGUGAGGGAAUCUGAGAUUCCUCCUUCAGAAGUUAAAACUGCUGCCUAUGGGUUUUCUCUUCUGAAAGUAAAAAUCCAGGAAUCACAUGUGACUGUUGAUACCCCAGUCAAAUUGUCUUCUACUGAAUAUAUGAAUGAAACAUUUGAAAGUAAAGAUCACCAACCUUUAGAUGAAAGUUCGGGACAAGCAACACAAAUGACUGGUUUAACUGAACUGAAAUUACCUGAGAAAGGCCAAGACAGUGAAUUUACUGCAGGUGUAUCUUCUACUACUACCUUGACAAAGGUAAAAGCAUUCACAGUUGAAGUCCAAUCUUCCAGUGAGUUUGCAGAGAGCCAUCAUGGUAAACCAUCAGAAGGGAUGUCUGAGUCUGCUAUAGAAGUCACAGAAGAAACCAAAGUUUCAGGUACUGAAGCAGAGCCAACUGAUCCAAAAGAAAAAUCUGAUAGUAAGAGAUCUUCUGGCAGGUUUAAAUUUUGGUUUCCAAGUAUUGGAUUUUCUUCCUCUGCUGAUGAUGCAGCCUCAGAUUCCAAGCCUGAAGCUGAAAAGUCAUUUCCAGAAACUCAGCCUGAUGACCCACUCGCAUCAGAUAGUGAUUCAGCCCAACAAGCUGAAAAAACUGGGUGGUUUAGAUUUCCCAAGUUAGGUUUUUCAUCUCCAACCAAAAAGAGCAAGGAAACUGACAAAGAAGAGGAGCAAGAUCCAACAGAAAAAAAACCUCAGGAUGAUGAAAGUCCAACAGAAAAAUCAGAAACUUUUUUUGAUGCACAAGAAACCUUACCACCUAAAGAGUCAAUCACAGAGAAAGAAGGAGAGGAAACCUCAGGAGCCAUACCUUCUGAGCCUAUUGUUUCAUCAUCAGCAAGAACUGAACUGAUACUGCUAGAGAAAGAGAAAGCUGCAUCCCAAAGCAUUCCAGAAGAGGCAUCAAAAUGAAAUGCUUUCCCCCUCAAAAUUCAGAGAUAUGUUCAAAUUCAAAGAAGUUAUAAACACAAUAAAUAGCAGACAACUCAUUGCCCCCUUUGUAGCAUACAGAAAGAAUACAUUACCUUAAAUGACAGUGAUCAAACAUGUUUUGUAUUCCAUUUGUGUUUACAAGUCCAUGAAUACACACAUGAAUAGUUCCUAAGAAAGACAUUUGUUGUGAGGGACAUGUGUGUAAAGAAAUAAAGAGAUGCAAGCAAAACUACUGAUGAAAAGAAGCCAACAGAGAUCCUUUCUGUGGAAUAACACCUUCUUUAAACCUAUUUGGAGAAAGAAAAGACUGGACAAGAAAUUAAACAUGAUUAGCUGAAAAUCAAAGAAUGAAUCGUUCUAGAUUGUUUUUGAAAAGUACUAAAAGCUAGUGCUGGGGAAAUUAGAUACACUUUUUUCUUUUUUUAAAUUUUAUUUUUCUAACUAUUUCUGCUGCUAUCAUAUGAAAGAAUAUAUAUUUUCAUUAUCUUUGAACAAUAGGUAUAUUGCAGGAUCAUUUUAUAACCGACCAAGUGGAAAUAAUACUAUUGAUGCUAUAAUGUUUAUUCUUCUUUAAGCAGACCAAUCUGCAAUCCAGUUCAGAUGAUAUACCAGGAGCUGAAGCAAUUUAGUAUCAUUUAUAAUAGUUGCAUCAACAUACCUAACUAUAACAUCCCUGAAAAUGAGAAGAACACAAUUCCAUAUUUUCUGACAUUCUGGCACAGCUGCAAUAACCAUGCUGGUCACUUAUGUGUAAAGAAACCAUCACAGCUAAAGGCUGUUUCUGAAAUGUCUUUUUAUUAUCAACUGUCUUAAUGCCAGUGUCUUAAGAUCUGAGUCGGUCUGCCUUUUAGAGUUUUAUACCUUAUUCAUGUCACAGAAAAAGCACCACCAGCACUCACACUCUUUUUAUAACAAGAUGAAGUGCAUCUGCUGCUGGGUAUAAGAAAGCCACUAUAGAGGUUGUUUUCAGGCUUCUGCACCAGGAGCCAAAGGUUAAAUCCAGUAUACAGCAACAGAUGCAUGUGGUCAGAGCUUUACAGACUGAAAGACUACGUGCUUCUGACUAAUUGAAACAUCUUACCAUUUUUAUGUUGAAUGCAUACCAGAGACAGAUCAUGUGCUGUAUUAUCAUGGUGUGCACAUAAUCACAUAAAUUUUUGGUUCAUAUGGUCCUGCAAAGCAGGGAGAAUUUAGCGGCUUCCUUUCCCAGAUUUCUCAUUAGGGUGCAGAAAUGUAGUAAAAUUCUUCCCCAACUUCAUAGGAAAAUACAAUUAGGUUACAAAGCGUCUGCUUACAUAAUGUAGUAUAGUUGCCAACAGUCACCCGUAUUCACUUAUUGACAAACCUUUGUGAAUCAACCAGUGAGUGCUUUUUUAAAUGUCUUUUUACUUAAUGAGAAUUUCCCCUCAUACCAGAUAGAGCUUAGAAUUGGAAGGGGUUUUUUUUUUUUUGAACAUAUCCUAGAAUACUCUAAUCCACACAGCCAUUAGCAAUGCUGGCUGAAGGAUCCUGCAGGUUGUGGUCUCAAAAUAGGAUUGUUCCAGCUCUGAUAUCAGGUACAAAUAUGGGCCAUGACUAGAUAGUAUCCUAUACUAACUCACAACCUAAAGGCAUACACUGAGCAGACCAGAAUUCAGUUUUUCUGCCAGUGUGUCUAGAACAAAAGUGACAUGAAAUGCAUCUGACCAUUUCAUUGACAUCAGUCUUAAGACAAGGGUUGUAAUAUCCAGCCAUCAUGAUAAAAAGAAUCAGACUUUAGCAUCAAGACAGUAGUUCCAUUCAAUGGACCUGAAGUGGAUUAAAAUCAUGACUGGACUAGAACCUCGUAUUCAAGCAACUUCAAAAAUAAGCCAGGAGUUUAGCCUAUGGAGUGUAUACAGGAAGGAGCCUAUGCAAGUAGCUUUAAAGCUUUCCUAAAGAGAUAAGUUGUAAAUAGUUACAGUAUUAUCAUUUGCUUUUUUGAUUAUAAAAAUGCUUCUUGCAAAUAUGCAGCCAAUAAGGUGGAACAUACCUGUUAAAACACUGUGCUUAUGUAGAAUGUCAAAUGUAUCCUGGCUAUUCUCCUGAUAUGGAAAUAAAAGCAGUAUCAACA